AUGGCUGGUAUAGCACAGAUUGAGCAGACAGUGAAUUCACAGGCAUCAAGGGACCGGGAAGGGGGUUGGUCGACAGCAGCAGCAGCAGCAGCAGCAGCAACAGCAGCAGCAGCAGCAGCAACAGCACCAAACCAACCCCAAGCAACAGCAGCAGAAGCAGCAGCAGCAGCAGCAGCAGAGGGCCUCAUGGCGUCGGCCUCUCCCUCACCGCGGGGGCCGCAGCGCCGCCCCCGCAGCAGCUCCCUGCACAGCCGCAGCAGAGACAACGAAGUUGAAGGAGUUAAGAACAGAGACAGAGACAGAGAUAGAGACAGGGAUAGAGACAGAGACAGAGAGAGAGACAGAGAGAGAGACAGAGAUAGGGAGUCAAUAGAUAGAGACAGAGAUGGAGGCAGAGACAGAGACAGAAAUAGAGAAUCAGUAGAUAGAGACAGAGACAGAGAGUCAAGGGACAGAGACAGAGACAGAGACAGACAGAGAGAAAGACAAAGAGACAGAGACAGAGACAGUGAGGGAGACAGAGACAGAGACAGAGAAUCAAGAGACAGAGACGGAGACAGAGAAAGAUACAGAGACAGAGAAAGAGAUAGGGACAGAGACAGGGACAGAGACAGAGACAGAGACAGAGACAGAGAGCCGCACUGCGUAUUCGUCGCCAACCUGCCCAAAGACAUUUCCUUUCGAGAAGCGGAGGCUUUGCUCGAUGCGUAUGGGCGUCUUGCUGCUUUGCCGAGUUUAGAUCGUCUUCGAAGUUCGACAGAGGCGACGGCUGAAUUUUGCGAUUGGAGAGAUGCAAGGACAGCAGUGAGAUGUCUCGACGGUACCCUCUACAGCGGCCGGCGUAUCCGCUUAGUGCUGGAGGGGGCCCCCCGGGGGGGCCCCCGAAGACCUCCGUUUGGAUGGAGACAGGGCCCGGAUAUGUAUAGAGACAACUGGGGAAGGAGGGGCCCCUAUGGUAGCAGCCGCAGCCCCAGUGAGGUCAGGGGUAGCAGAAGGGGUGGGGGCCCCCGGGGGGCCCCCUACAACAGAGAUGCAUGCAGCCCUGUAGGGAGCAGAGACAGGAGGUGGACGCGAGAGGGGCCCCGCAGCCCUACACCUCGACGGGGGCCCAUCCGCCGCAGCAGCAGCAGCCGCAGCAGCAGCCGAUAUCGCAGCAGCAGCCGCAGCAGCAGGAAGGAUCGAGGUAGACAGCAACUGGGGGGCCCUAACACCCGCAGGCGCAGCAGCAGCGUCAGCGGCAGAAGCAGAAGUGCUGCAGAGCGGAGCUGCAGCAGAGGGGGCCCCACAGGGAGGGCGGGGGGCCCCCGUAGAGGCUCCAGCAGCAGAAGUCUUAACAUCCGUAGCCCUCGCUGCUCACCCCGUCGACGCAGCAGCAGAAGCCGCAGCGCGAAUCAGGGGGCCCCCAACAGCGGCUGCAAGCGACAAACAAACAGCCUUCACAGAGAAGGAGACGAGGGGCCCCCUUCGCCUGCUACCAAGACACGUAGAACCCUUCACCGAGACAGGGCCUCCAGAAGCCUCUCCUCUAGGGGCCCCUCACACAGGGGCCCCUCACCCAAGGGCUCUCCCAGGGGCCCUCAGAGGGGCCCCUCACCCAGGGGCCCUUCGCCUAAGGGCUCUCCCAGGGGGCCCCUGAGGGGCCCCUCACCCAGGGGCCCCCUGAGGGGCUCCUCAUCCAGGGGCCCCUCACCUAAGGGCUCUCCCAGGGGCCUUCUGAGGGGCCCAUCAUCCAGGAGCCCCUCACCUAAGGGCUCUCCGAGGGGCCCCCUGAGGCCCCCCCCACCCAGGAGCCCCUCACCUAAGGGCUCUCCGAGGGGCCCCCUGAGGCCCCCUCCAUCCAGGAGCCUCUCACCAAAGGGCUCUCCGAGGAGCCCCUCUUCCAAGGGCCCCCUCAGAAGCCCCUCAGCCAGGGGCCCCCCGAGAGCCCCGUCAAGGGGCCCCUCCGUAGCUUCCCCCGAAGGAGGGAAGGGGAGGAGGGGGGGCCCUAGGGGCCCUAGGGGCCCCUGCAGCAGGAGCGUGAGCCCCCGGAACAUCCGCAGCAGCCCCAGGCGUGAGGUAGAGGACGCAGCAGCAGACGCGGGAGGCGCAGCUGCGGGAGGCGCAGCUGCAGCAGAAGCAGAAGCAGAAGCAGAAGCAGCAGCAGAAGGCAGCAAAGGCGCAGCAGCCAAGACAGUAGGCAGCGAAGCACCAGCUGCCGGCGCCGCCGCCCCACAAUUAGCCCAGACUCACGGCGCCCUGGGAUCGGAUCUCGGGAACGUGGGAUCGGUUCCCGAGAUCGGAGGAUCGGAUCUCGAGAUCGUGAAGUCCAACCUCGGGAUCGUGGGAUCGGAUCCCGGGAUCGUGGGGUCGUACCCCGAGAUCGUGGGAGCGUAUCCAAAGAUCGUGAGCUUGGAUUGCGGGAUCGUGGGAUCGGAUCCCGGGAUCGUAGGAUCGGAUCGCGAGACCGUGAGGGUGGAUCGCGGGAUCGUGGGAUCGGAUUGA